GUCCCUGCCGAGCUCACCGUCGCCGCCGUUGUGGUUGUGGACUCGUGGGGGUCGACUUCCGCCGCCGAACUCCGCUGUGUGACCUAAAGGGAAUCGUUCUCAACGGCGGUGGGAGCGAUGGAUCCGAGUUCCGGGAAGCCUGAGGAGGUGGCGGCUUACCAGAGCAAAGAGGCCAAGCAGGCGAGGCUUCAGUCCAUGCUCGCCGCGCUCCUCGACGACCCCAUACUUGCCGACGUCACCAGGAAGCCCUCCCUCGCCGACGUCGACACUCUGAUAAACCUAGAGCUCGGCAGCGCCAUGAGGCUGACCGUUGUCAAGUUGGAUAACACUUCCUUCGAUGUGGCGGUGUUGAAUUCCGCCACUGUCAAGGAUCUGAAGCUGGCUAUCAGGAAGAAGAUAAAUGAGAUAGAACAAGAGAAGAUGGGGCAUCGUCAUAUCUCAUGGAAGCAUGUCUGGGAUAACUACUGCUUGACACAUCACAAUGAGAAGUUGAUAGAGGACAAUUCAACGCUUUCUUCUUAUGGCGUUCGGAAUAACUCUAAGGUCUGUUUCUCGCCGCACGUCAUGUCCAGAGUACAUCGGAAACACUCGAGAAGAAGAAAACACCGCUUCUUCCAUGGUCUUAGCAGGAAAGCUAACCCCGCCCUGUGAUUUGUUAGCUAUAUAGGAGCAAAGCUGGUGCCAAGCCGCAACAAAUGCAUCGUGACUAUCAUCCUUGUCAGUAGUAUGGUCAUUUCAGAAACGUGAUCGAGCCUUGGACUGUGUGAGUUUAACUGGAAGUAUGCAUGGAUUAUUCAUUAUUCAUGGAAGCUAUGUCAGGGUCUCACAUUAGCUAGUACUCUUUUUAUGUUGCAUUUAUAUGGAUGAAACUAUGGCUGUUUUUUUUUUACAAUUGAACUGUAGUUAGUGGCUAGGUUAUGAGAACUCUUGCUCUAUACUUAUUCAGUGGCUAGGUAAUGACAAUUCUUGUUCUAUAUAA